AGAAUAACUGGUGCCGGCCCAGGGAUCGGGUGGGUAAGACAGUUGCUGCGCUCCCCUCGGAAGAAGGUCCUUGGCGGGAGGUCGCGUCACUUCCGCUCGCCAUUUCGCGCAGCGCCUGCCCGCAGCCGCCAUGACGGACCGCUACACCAUCCACAGCCAGCUGGAGCACCUGCAGUCCAAGUACAUCGGGACGGGCCACGCCGACACCACCAAGUGGGAGUGGCUGGUGAACCAGCACCGGGACUCCUACUGCUCCUACAUGGGCCACUUCGACUUGCUCAACUACUUCGCCAUCGCCGAGAACGAGAGCAAGGCGCGCGUCCGCUUCAACCUCAUGGAGAAGAUGCUGCAGCCCUGCGGGCCGCCCGCCGACAAGCCCGACGAGUCCUAGUUCUCCCCGGGUCCCCGCCGCCGCCCCGGGGCGGGGCGCCGUGGAGGCGGACUGGCCGGGGCGAGCGGCGGCGGCCCGGUUGGCUUCCGCCGGGGCUGCCCGCCGGCCGGUUGGGCCCCAGCUCGGCACGGCGAGAAGGGCCGGGGAGCUGCCCUGGGGAGCGCGGGUGGCGGCGGCCCUCGUUCCUCGUGGUCCGCCCGCUUUCCUGUGUUGCUCCUCCGAAGGACUCUGCCGGGGAGAAAUUUUGUAAAAUGCCGGUUUCUGGACAGUUUCGGUUCUCGUAACAGUACGAUCGUUUGGAUUUUUUAAAAUGGAAGAAGAAUAAAACAUGCUGGGCAUUUCUAAUGCUUUGUUUGGCAA